ACUGUAUCUUUCAUCUCCUGACUUUCUUGAAUUUUACUGUCUGCUAUUUCGAAUACUCCUCCCAACAAAAUGGCCAAAAUCGCCGGAAAGUACGAAUACCAGAAUGACGAUGGCAACUUCGAACAGUACCUCCGUGCCACCGGUUUGAGCGAGGAGCACAUCGAAAUCGGCAAACAGCUCCGUCCCACCCUCGAAUUCAGCAAGUCUGGUGAUGAGUACACCAUGAAGAUCACCAGCGAGGUCAUCAACAAGGACGUCAAGUUCAAGCUGAACGAGGAGGUCAACGAGAAGACCCCCAGUGGCAAGAACAUCAAGGCCACCUACACCUUGAACGGUGACCGUCUGGUCCAGAAGCAGACCUUGGAGAGCGGAUUCACCGCCACCAUUGAUCACGAAUUCCGUGAUGAUGGUCUGACCCUGACCUACACCUGGAACGGUGGAAAGGCCGUCCGCCACUACAAGCGCGUUUAAAUUCUGAACUUGUCACCUUAUUGCGCUUUCGAAUUGGCAAACAGUGACCGCCAAACACGUUGUCCAUCUCUAUGAUGGUCUGCGAAGCUUGAGAUCUUAUUGAAUGACCUUUAAUGCAUUUUCAGCUGCCGAAAAAACAACCCUUAACAGGGUAUAGCAUCUGGGCAACAAAAUGAAAAAAUAAAACAACAGUUCUGGUGA